AGGGGAGGGAUGGGAGAGCGUGUGGGAAGUGGACCCAUCCAGCUCUACUCGCUGCUAACAGACAGGAGGACGGAGUCAGCGUGAAUCAUGCCCGUCGUCAUUCCCACCGACUGGGAGUGGAGCAGAAAUUGUGCAAGAUACGGAUAACGAGGAGAGGUCCGAGUCACGCUUUUUUUUUAUUUUUAUUUUGUGUGCGAAGAAAAAAUGUUUCUUCAACGUCUCCGUCGCUGCUUCAGCCGCUCGGACCCGUCGUAUAAAGUUGCGUCUCUCUCAUGUGUUUUAUGUUGAAGAAGAAGAAGAAGAAGAAGAAGCGACUUAGAUAAAGCUGCUGGGAGCAACUCAGAAAACCAAAGGGGCGUGAGGAUACUUCACACUUUUCACCGCCGUAAAAAGAGGAUUUUUUCUUUAUUUUCUUUAAAAAAAAAAACACAAGUUAAGCAAGGGGGCAAAAGUUUCGCCUGAUCCAAAGAGAAACCAUGGGGAACGCAGGCAGCAUGAACCAGCACACUGAUCUAAGGGGACACAACAUGCCUCUGAAACUCCCCAUGCCAGAGCCAGGUGAACUGGAGGAGAGAUUUGGAAUCGUCUUGAACUCGAUGAAUCUUCCUCCAGACAAGGCACGACUCCUGCGGCAGUAUGACAAUGAGAAGAAAUGGGAGCUGAUUUGUGAUCAGGAGCGAUUCCAAGUGAAAAACCCACCUCACACGUACCUCCAAAAACUGAGGAGUUAUCUGGACCCGGCAGUCACGAGAAAGAAAUUCAGACGGAGGGUACAGGAGUCCACCCAAGUUCUGAGAGAGCUGGAAAUUUCCUUACGGACCAAUUACAUAGGGUGGGUGAGGGAGUUUUUAAAUGAAGAGAACAAAGGUCUGGAUGUGCUGGUGGAAUACCUUUCUUUUGCACAGUACGCCGUCACCUACGACGGCGACUGUUUGGAGAACGCCAUGGAGGCUGCGAUGGACAAGUCGAAGUCCUGGAGUCACUCUAUAGAGGACCUGCACAGAGGAGGCACCCUGCCGUCCCCCCUCACAGGAAACGGCAUCACCCGAGCAGGGCGGCAUUCCACAAUCCGGACAUCGAGCGCACUGAACUGUCCAAAAUGUUCUCAGAUGAGACGCAGCAACACACUGCCGAGCCGGAGAACACUGAAAAACUCCCGACUGGUCUGCAAGAAAGAUGACGUUCACGUCUGCAUCAUGUGCCUACGCGCCAUCAUGAACUACCAGUAUGGCUUCAACAUGGUCAUGUCACACCCACACGCUGUGAAUGAAAUUGCACUAAGUCUCAACAAUAAAAACCCAAGAACUAAAGCUCUGGUUUUGGAGCUCCUGGCGGCAGUUUGUCUCGUCAGAGGAGGCCACGAAAUCAUUCUCUCUGCGUUCGACAACUUUAAAGAGGUUUGCCAGGAGUCCCAGCGGUUCGAGAAGCUUAUGGAGUACUUCAAAAACGAGGACAACAACAUUGACUUCAUGGUUGCAUGUAUGCAGUUCAUCAACAUAGUUGUGCACUCAGUGGAGGACAUGAACUUCAGAGUUCACCUGCAGUACGACUUCACCAAGCUGUGUUUGGACGACUACCUGGACAAACUUAAACACACCGAGAGCGAUAAGCUCCAGGUCCAGAUCCAGGCCUACUUGGAUAAUGUGUUUGACGUGGGCGCCCUGCUGGAGGACGCAGAGACCAAAAACGCYGCCUUGGAGCGUGUAGAGGAGCUGGAGGAGAACUUGUCGCAUAUGACAGAGAAGCUGCAGGACAUGGAGAACGAAGCCAUGGCUAAGAUUGUGGAGCUGGAGAAGCAGCUGAUGCAAAGAAACAAGGAUCUGGAAUCCAUCAAGGAAGCCUUCAAAGACAGCACCACGCAGGUGCACGCGCUGCGGCAGGUGCUGAAGGAGAAGGACGAGGCCAUCCAGCGUCAGAGCCAGCUGGAGAAGAAGAUCCACGAGCUGGAGAAGCAGGGCACCAUCAAGAUCCACAAGAAGGGCGACGGAGACAUCUCCAUCCUGGCAUCCUCUUCGAYGGAGGGCCUGUCGGGCGCCACGCUGGGAGUCGGUCAGAACCACAUGGGGUCUUCGGGAGGCCCCACCACCGGACCCGCCCUGCCUCCGCCACCCCCUCCACUGCCAGGAAAUGGAGCGUUGCCAAAUGGGCCAUCGUUAGAAAUUCCAGCUGUAGCUCCCCCACCUCCUCCACCGCCACCGCCUCCCCCGCCCCCUCCAGGACCAGCCUCAGAGAUGUCAGCUCCUCUGCCUCCGCCUCCGCCUCCGAUGGCCCCCCCUCUGCCUGGAUGUGGGACGCCCACUGUGAUCAUGAACUCUGGGUUGGCCGAGGGACCCAUCAAACUUUACUCUGUUAAGAUCAAGAAACCAAUCAAGACGAAGUUCCGGAUGCCCGUCUUUAACUGGGUGGCCCUGAAACCGAACCAGAUCAACGGGACCGUGUUCAACGAGAUCGACGACGAAAGGAUACUCGAGGACCUAAAUGUGGAUGAAUUUGAGGAGAUGUUUAAGACUAAAGCUCAGGGCCCGCCAGUCGACCUCACUAUGAAUAAGCAGGUCAUCCAGAAGGGACCUAACAAGGUGGCUCUGCUGGACUCCAACAGGGCAAAGAACCUGGCCAUCACACUGAGGAAAGUGGGCAAGACCUCAGAGGCGAUCUGCAAGGCUAUUCAGAUGUUCGACCUGCGGACUCUGCCGGUGGACUUUGUGGAGUGCCUGAUGCGCUUCCAGCCCACGGAGAACGAGAUCAAAGUCCUGCGGCAGUUCGAGAAGGAGCGCAAGCCUGUGGAGAGCCUGACGGACGAGGACCGCUUCAUGAUGCAGUUCAGCAAGAUCGAGCGGCUCAUGCAGAAGAUGACCAUCAUGGCCUUCAUCGGCAACUUCAGCGAAAGCGUCCAGAUGCUCAUGCCGCAACUGCACGCCGUCAUCGCGGCAUCCAUCUCCAUCAAGUCCUCACAGAAGCUGAAGAAGAUUUUAGAGAUUAUCUUGGCACUUGGGAACUAUAUGAACAGCAGCAAAAGAGGAGCGGUGUAUGGAUUCAAGCUGCAGAGUUUAGACUUGCUGCUUGACACCAAGUCGACAGACCGCAAGAUCACCCUGCUGCACUACAUCGCCAACAUCAUCAGGGAGAAAUACCCACAAGUGUCUCUGUUCCACAACGAGUUACACUAUGUUGAAAAAGCUGCUGCAGUGUCGCUGGAUAACGUCCUGCUGGAUGUCAAAGAGCUGCAGCGAGGCAUGGAGCUGACCAGACGAGAGUACAGCAUGCACGGCCACAACACCAUGCUCAAAGACUUCAUCACGCACAACGAGAGCAAGCUGAAGAAGCUGCAGGACGAUGCCAAGAUCGCACAGGACGCCUAUGACGAGGCUGUGAAAUUCUUUGGGGAAAAUUCUAAAACCACGCCGCCGUCUGUUUUCUUCCCCGUGUUCGUGCGGUUUGUUAAGGCCUACAGGCAAGCAGAGGAAGACAACGAGCAGAAGAAGAGGCAGGAGCAGAUGCUGAUGGAGAAACUUCUAGAACAAGAAGCCAUGAUGGAGGAAGACAAAAAGUCCCCGUCUCAUAAAAACCAGCGGCAGCAGCAGGAGCUCAUCCAGGAGCUGCGGAGGAAACAGGUGAAAGACAGCCGUCAUGUCUACGAAGGCAAGGACGGAGCCAUCGAGGACAUCAUCACGGAUUUAAGGAAUCAGCCGUACAGACGAGCGGACGCCGUGCGGCGGAGCGUCAGGAAACGCUUCGAGGAUCCGACUCUGCGGCCGGCGAACAACGGCGAAAUGGUCAUGUGACGAGGGAACAGUGCACGUGAAGCGGGACGGGAGGCAGGCGAAAGAAAGUGAGGCAGGAAGGAAGGACGUUUGUAGCAGUUCUUGAGAUGACUUUAUAUGAGACUAUGUUAAAUACGUGCGUGCUAAAGUAGCAGAAUUCACAAUGAAGGAGCGGGAACGUGUGCAGGACUGAGCUCAUGUCAGAAAAGUUGAAUCGAAACAACUUAAACAAGCCAAGUGCCUGAACUUAUGUUUUUUUUUAUUAACCUUACUUAAAGCAAUACAACUUGAGCUGGCUUUUAAGUUUAAAUUUGUGUAAAACUGGACUCGCAGCAGCCUUAGGAGCCACGUGCAAACAUGUGAACCCCUGGAAUGUACGGGAACUUUUCCCCUUUACCUGUUUAAAAUCCACAUUUUAAAGAGAAGUCAUGCAUUCCGGUGCUUUUCAUGAUUUCUCUUUAAACGUAUGCACAAAUCCCACCCAAGCAUCUCGUAAGGCUUUUUUUUUGUUCUUAAAGGGGAGAUUAACUGGCAUGAAGAAAAACAAAAAAAUAUAUAUAUAUUUAUACUGUUAAAAAAGUUAUUAAAUUUGACCAGUUUAAUGUGAAAUAUGUUUACCAUAAAUGAUGGGUCAAGUCUGAAUUUGUAGCUUUUAAUCAUUAAAUAAGUGUUUACUUAAAAAAUAAAAUAAUACAUGUGUGCAUAUUUUUGUAGCUGCACUGUUUUUUUUUUUUGUGGUUUUGGGAACAAAAACGGACAAUGCCUUUUUUAAAAGCAACAUGAGCAGGAAAUUCCAGCUUCUUUCACUUAAUGUUUUACAAAUUGGUGAUAAUCCAGGCUUUUUUUUUUCACUUUACUGUAAUUAUAAUGUAAAAAAAAGAGAAAAAAAAACAUACCACUGAAACAAAUCCAUGUUUUCAUCUCAUGUGAUAAGUACACAGCAUUAAAUGGUUUUUGUUGUACAGAUAUUUUGCUACAAAAUAUGUUGGGACCUUUUUGUUUUAUUUUAAACUUGGUUAAUAUUGUACAUAAUGUUUAAACAGGUUUUCAUUGCCUUGUGCGAUACAACUUGAAUGUUAUUUUAACUUAUAGUUUUUGUAUAUUUAAUGAAGCCAAAUGCAGCCAGAAGUCUACCGUAGUGUCUGAUCAGGUGUUCACUGUUGUGCAGGAAGCAGAGGGUCACCGUGUCUUUGUGUUGUCGCAAAAAAUAUUCAAAUAUUCUGUUCUCAUGUGAUCGUUUCACACCAACUGUUACGUUUUUAGUUUUCCUGUAGCGACCCGACAGUUAAUCCCUCUGGGCCUGUUCUGCUUCAGUGUCUAACUCCAUAACGUCUCAAACUGGGUGAUACUGGCAUUUGUUUUUCCAAUGAUCUGUUCAGAAUAAUCUUUUUUUUUUUAUUUAGACAUGAGAUUUUCAAAGAUCUAAUAAAAUAUUUACACUGAA